CUGACGGACUUUCAUUGCGUGCGGAAGUGAAUUCGGUUGGGUGUGUGAAGUUAGUCCCCGGUUCUUGGUUAUUUUGUGAAUUUGUUACAUCGAAAUUUGAAUGGAUUUCAUUGAUAACAGUCUGUUUUUGUAGUUAAUUGAAAAGACGCAAAGUUGUUGUUACGUAGCUCGUGUUGUAAAUUUGUUAGUCAACGGUUGUGAACGUGCACGGUUGAACGAGAUACGAACAAGAUAUCGGAGAUCAGAAAGGAUUUAUUCAUCGUUUUUAAAGGUGGGGUAAAUUCAAAUCCCCCUAGACUGCGAUGGUGAGGCUACGAACGUCAAUACUAGGCGUUCUAUUUUACUUAGCGUAUUUCUUAGUAAAAGAUGUGACACCAGUACGGGCACCAACAUCUAGAGCAUACAAACCACCGCUAAGAGUACAUCCAUGUGAACAGAGCUCAUGUUAUCCAGCGACUGGUAAUUUACUGAUUGGUCGCGAGAAUAGAUUGUAUGCAUCAUCAACAUGUGGUUUAAAUGGACCGGAGCGAUUCUGUAUCGUUUCGCAUUUAGAAGAAAAGAAAUGUUUCCUGUGCGAUACACGUCCGGAAACCGAAUACGAUUCGCUGAAGAAUCAUCGCAUCGGUCAGAUUAUUUAUAAGGCACAGCCGGGCACACGGGAACAGUCGUGGUGGCAGUCGGAAAAUGGUAAAGAAAACGUAACCAUUCAAUUGGAUCUGGAGGCAGAAUUUCAUUUCACCCAUUUGAUCAUCGUCUUUGCAACGUUUCGACCGGCGGCUAUGCUGAUCGAACGAUCACACGAUUUCGGUAAAACGUGGAAGGUGUACAAAUACUUUGCGCACAAUUGUCAGGAGGCAUUCCCGGGCGUGCCGCUGAUACCGAAAAAUGUAACAGACGUUGUGUGUGAUCAUCGAUACUCUGGCGUUGAACCGUCCAAGAAUGGUGAGGUUAUCUUCAGAGUGCUACCGCCGAACAUGAACAUUGAAAAUCCGUACGCUGAGCAUGUUCAAAACAUGCUGAAGAUGACGAAUUUGAGAAUCAAUUUCACGCAUCUGCAUAAUUUGGGAGACACUUUGCUUGACGAUCGCUACGAGAUUCAGGAAAAAUACUACUACGCCAUUUCGAAUAUGGUCGUCCGAGGAUCAUGUUCGUGUUACGGUCAUGCGUCUCGGUGUCUACCAUUAGAUGGGGUAGCCAAUAAAAUUGACAUGGUCCAUGGACGAUGUGAAUGUACUCACAAUACGAAAGGCUUGAAUUGUGAGGAAUGUGAAGACUUCUUCAAUGAUUUGCCAUGGAAGCCAGCGUUGGGAAAGCAAACGAAUGCCUGCAAAAAAUGUAAUUGUAACAACCAUGCGACGAGUUGCCACUUCGAUCAAGCCGUCUAUGAACACUCUGGACGCGUAAGUGGUGGUGUCUGCGACAACUGUCAGCACAACACACAGGGACAACAUUGCGAGGAAUGUAUUCCAUUCUUCUACAAAGAUCCGUUGGAAGAUGUUCAGAGUCCAUACGUGUGCAAACCAUGCGAUUGUGAUCCUCGCGGUGCACUAGAUGACGGCAUUUGCGAUUCCAUUACCGACGAAGAGAAUUCAAUUGAAGCUGGUGCAUGUCAUUGCAAAACGAACGUGAAAGGGCGACGAUGUGAUACGUGCAAAGAUGGCUUCUGGAACUUAGAUCCGAACAGCCCGGAUGGAUGUGAAAGUUGUACGUGCAAUUUGUUCGGAACCAUUAACAAUUCGGGUUGUAAUAUGCACACCGGUGAGUGUACGUGUAAACGUCUGGUUACUGGCAAGGAUUGCAACCAAUGUAUGCCCGAAACGUAUGGCCUGUCGGACAGUAAGGACGGAUGUACUAUGUGCAACUGUGAUCCAGGCGGUUCCAUGGACAAUCAUUGCGAUGUAAUAACUGGACAGUGUCGCUGCAGAACCCAUAUGACUGGACGAACAUGUAACAUUCCCAAGCAACAUCAUUUCAUUCCGUCGAUACAUUCGAUUUAUGAAGCCGAGGUUGAAUCGAUGACUGAGUGUCUAUCGCAUUCCAGUUACCACAAUUGUACCAUUGCGUAUCGUGAACCACCAAGAGACAGAGAACCAGAUUGGACUGGCCCUGGUUACGUUCGAGUACCUGAAGGCAAUGAAAUCACCUUUACAGUCGACUCUGUGCCGAAGACAACCGAAUACGAUGUGGCGAUUCGAUAUGAAACGCAAGUGCGUGGUGAUUGGGAACAGGCGACUGCAACAAUUGAGCGUCCCGAUCCGUACGAUCCUGAGGGUCCGUGCGCCAAUUCUCAUCCAUCGUACGAAGAUCGAGUUCCAUUUUCGCUGCCCGAAUACGAACGUAGUGCUGUUGCGUUGCACAAUGUGUGCUUGGAGCAAGGGAAGGUUUACAAAUUUAAGAUUCAUUUUGCUCGUCACAGAACACAGGAAGAUGAUGCAACUGCACAGAUUUUGAUCGAUUCGAUCGCACUUAUCCCUCGCAUUGAAGUGACACCGAUCUUUAGCGGAGGCACUCCUGGGGAACAUCGUCUCAGAGAAUACACUCGGCUUGGAUGCAAUCAAACCUACUACGAGGUCAAUUACGAAAAUACUCUGCCAGACCAAUGUAAAGACCUGUUGCAUAGUGUCAAUAUUUGGUUGUUUAAUGGAGCUGAAGCUUGUAAUUGUCAUGCAACCGGAUCUAUGAGCAAAAAGUGUCUAGAGUACGGUGGUAAUUGUCAAUGCAAACCGAACGUAGUUGGCAGACAGUGCGAUAGGUGUGCACCGGGUACUUAUGGUUUCGGACCGGAAGGAUGUAAAGCUUGUGAUUGCAACAGUAUCGGAGCCAGGGACAAUGACUGCGAUCUGAUAACCGGUCAAUGUAAUUGCCAUCCGAACACAUACGGCAGGGAAUGCGAUCAAUGUCAAUUGGGCUUCUGGAAUUUCCCGAAUUGUCAGCAAUGUGUGUGCAAUGGUCAUACGCAGAAUUGUGACGCGCGAACCGGGCAGUGUGUGUCAUGUCAGGACUACACAACUGGAUACAAUUGUGACCAGUGCAUCGAAGGUUAUUAUGGCAAUCCUUUGCUCGGAAGUGAAAUCGGUUGUCGACCGUGUCGUUGCCCGGACACAAUUGUAUCGGGACAUACUCAUGCCGAACAGUGUGCAUUGGAUCCGCGAAGCAAUGACAUGAUUUGCUAUUGUAAGGAAGGCUAUUCGGGUGCACGGUGCGAUAUAUGCGCGGACAACUACUAUGGCAAUCCGGAUAAGCCGGGAGGAAUCUGUCAGAAAUGUGAGUGCAGCAACAAUGUGGAUCCAUCGAAGCCCGGAAAUUGCGAUUUGAGAACGGGACAAUGUUUACAGUGUUUGUAUGAUACGACUGGGGAUCACUGUGAAGUGUGCCGAGAUGGAUAUCAUGGCGAUGCUCUGUUACAGGACUGCAGACAGUGCGAUUGCGACGUCUUGGGAACGAACAGUACCGAACAAUUCUGUAACCGUUACACUGGUCAAUGUCCGUGCUUGAAAAAUGUUGAAGGACUGCGAUGCGAUCACUGUAUAGCAAACCAUUGGAAAAUUGCCAGUGGCGAGGGUUGUGAACUUUGUGAAUGUGAUCCAACUGGAUCGGAAAGUGAGCAAUGUAAUCCGUACGAUGGCCAGUGCAGAUGUAGAGAAGGAUUCGGUGGACGGCAAUGUAACCAGUGUCAAGCAGACUUCUGGGGUAAUCCGAACGUUGAAUGUCAUCCAUGUGAAUGUGACCCGUACGGAUCCGCCACGCAGCAAUGUGAUCGCGAAACCGGCCAGUGUAAAUGCAAUCUGGGUAUCGGUGGCUACAAAUGUAACCAAUGCGAUCGAGGAUUCAUUGGCAGUGCACCGUACUGUGAUCCGUGCGGCGAGUGUUUCGACAAUUGGGAUUUGAUUCUGAAUGUUCUACAGAACGAUACCCGGCAGGUGAUUGAAGAGGCUAAACAAAUCAAAACUGUGGGUGCCACUGGAGCUUACACCAAAGAAUUCGAUACAAUGGAAAACAAUUUGAAUAUCGUCCGUAAUCUACUGGACAAUACAACGGUCACCGCUGGUGAUAUCAGUUUGUUGGACCAAAUCGUAACCGACUUACGGAAACAUCUGAAUGCAUCGCUGGAUAAGCUGCAAGUGACCGAAGGUAAACUGGAGCACAUCUAUUCGGGCAUAAAUUUGGCAAACGGCUACUUGGACGAAUUGCGCAACAAGAGUGAACAAAUCAAAAGCUUUGCCGGCGAUCUGAAAGACAAUGCGACCCAAUUGCAAGAGGCUAACGUCGAAGGUGCAUUGAAUUUGACCAGGGACGCAUGGCAACGAGUCGGCUUGUUGAGCAAUGAAGACGUGGAAACCGUUGACAUGAAUGUUAAUGCUGAACGUCAGUGCAAGAGAACCGAAGCGCUGGUGAAUCGAUCGAUGGAAGAAUUUGAAUCGUUGCAGAAGACCAAUGAGGAUGCCUUGGAUCGUUAUCAUGACGAAAUCGUACAGUUGAGUGCCAAGAUUCCCGAUUUGAACGAACAGAUUUGCGACAAACGAGGCGACCCUUGCGAUAAUUUAUGUGGUGGUGCUGGUUGCAAGCAGUGUGGUGGAUUGUCCUGUGAAAAUGGUGCUGUUACGAAGGCCGAAAAGGCUCUCGCCUAUGCUGAAGACACGGAAAAGGAAAUCAAGAAGAAGGAAGAAGUGGCUGAAGAUUUGAUUCGUUCGCUGUCCCAGGCUAAGACCAACGCUUCAGAAGCGUUCAAAAAAUCGGAAAAGGCGUUCAACGAAGCCGAGAACUAUUUAAAUGAAACCAAAGAGCUGAUCAAUCAGGGCAACGAACUGAUUGCUAAUUUAACAAAUGUACUGAACAACAACACGGCUUCACCGGAUGAGAUUCGUAACAUUGCCGAACAAACGUCGGCAUUGAAUCUGGAAUUGGAUCCGGAAGAGAUCAAGGCAUUGGCAAACAAAAUCGACGAAACUGUGUCCCAAUUGGAAAAUGUCGAAGCGAUCAUUUACAACACCAGACACGAUUUGGAGCGAGUUGAACAACUAAAGAAUCAAGCGAACGAAUCCAGGAAACGUGCUGACGACGUCUUGGAAUCAGCGCAAAAAGUUGUUCAAGCCUUGAACGAAGCCGAUUUGGCACAGAAGAAAGCAAAAGAAGCUAUCAACGCAGCCAAUGAGGACAUUGCGUUGGCCAAAAGCGAUUUGGAACAAAUUGACAGUGAAACUGGUGAAGCGCAACAGAAGGCAUCGGAAACAGCUGCCAAAGUAAACGAUUUGUCGAGCAAAUUGAAUGAAUUGCAAAAGAACUUUUUGAAAAACGAUUACGAUGCCAAGGAGAUCAAACAGCAGGCCGAUCAAGUGCGUGAUGCUGCGCACAAUGCACAUGAGGAUGCGACGAAGCUUCGCGACAACUACCGCAAGGCGAACGAUUCACUAACAGCCAAAGCCAUCACUUCCGAAAGUGCUCGAGAACGUGCGCAACAACUUUUAGCGCGAGCUUCUAAAAUAACUGUCGAAACUAGCAGUAAACUGAAAGAAUUACAAGGUAUGGUCGAUAUUUACAAAACAAACGACAAAGAGCUCAACGAUCUUGAGAAACGAGCCGACUAUCUCAACAGCCAAAUGAACGAUUACCUUGCGAAAAUUCAAUCCGAUUCUGUUAGAUAUAGGCAAUGUACUUCAUAGUUAAUAAGUUCAAACAGAAAAAAAUCAGUUUUAAAUUUAACGAAAAAUUCAGGUGAAAUGCCAUAAUUCGAUCAAAAUGAAAAAUGAAAAGAGAAAUGAAAAUCCUUUCGUGUAAGAUUUGUAAUACCAGUGCCAAUCCAAUUAAAUGACAACAAAAUUUAAUCGCGACCCCCUUUCGAUCCAUUCUUAAUUUUUAAUAAUUUUGUUUUCCUUUUAACGAUACAACACACACACACACACACUGCCAUAUUACACUUAAUUACAAUAUAGUCAACUUAACAAGAAAAAA